AUGUCAUUGACACCGGUAUGUUGUGGUGUUGAGGCAGCUACUGAAACCUCACUGGAAAACAGAACGCAUGAGACGUCAGCGAACGAUCCAAGUGACGUUGACCCUGACUACGAUAACUUCCCAGAGGGCGGGAAAAGGGCUAACCUGGUUGUUCUGGGCUCCUUCUUUGCGAUUCUCAUCACUUUCGGUAAUAUGAACACCGUGGGUGUUAUCCAGGCGUAUGUCUCUGAACACAUUCUACAGGACUCAUCCACGUCUGCUGUUGGUUGGGUGUUCUCGGUGUACUUCUUCUUCUCCUUUUUUGGUGGAAUAUACGCAGGCCCUAUCUUUGACUACACUGGAUCGAAGAUCCCAAUGUAUGUGGGCUCCAUCUGUAUCAUUGUCGGGUUGUUUGCGACGGCAAACUGCAACACUGUGUGGCAGUUUGUUCUUGCGUACGGAGUGGUUGUUGGCGUUGGAACAAGUUUCCUCAUGAACUGUUGUAUUUCAUCAGUCUCGCACUACUUCCUGAAAAAGAGAGGUAUGGCUCUAGGAGUCUGUUCUAUUGGUGGUGCUCUGGGUGGUGUGCUAUGGCCAUUGCUUUUCAGACAACUGUUCCCGAAAAUAGGUUAUCAGUGGUCUAUGAGAACCUAUGCAUUCAUCAGUUGUUUCUGCUUAGGAAUUGGGUGUAUUCUCGUAAAGAACAGAAUCACCAAGAAGAAAGGAGAUAGCUCUGGGUACACCGUCCUCAAAGAAUCGUUUGUGCUGCAAGAUCUGCUUAAAGAUAGAAGUUAUUUGUAUUUGACCAUAUCUAUCUUACUCUGUGAGUUCAGUCUGGUGUUGGCAACUACCUAUAUGUCUUCCUACACCAUCUACAAAGGUCAUUCAGAGGAUGACGCUUUCUUGGUUUCCAUCGUUUGUAACGCAGUUGGUGUCAUAGGGAGAUGGCUCCCUAAUUACAUGUCCGACAAAUAUGGCUCAUUGAACGUCAUGUUCUUGAGUGUGAUGACAUGCUCUGCUCUUGUUCUUGUGAUAUGGCUCCCGUUUGGACACCAUCUCAACGUCAUGUAUGCAUUCGCUGGACUAUACGGUUUCUUCUCCAGCUCCACCUUGUCUCUUACACCGGUUUGUUGUGGAUUGAUUGGGAGACCAGAAGAUUUUGGGAAGAAGUACGGCACAGUGUACUUCCUCGUUGCCUUUGGUAACUUGAUUUCUUUGCCUAUCGCUGGUGCAAUCAUAGGCGAUGGCAGUGGUUACAACAACAUGAUUGUUUUCUGCGGUGUUGUUGAAGUGGUUGCCUCUGUAAUGUGGCUAGCUACAAGAACAAGUCUAGUGGGAUGGAGAUGGAAAAGGAUAUGA